AUGUUCAAAGCAGCAAGCACGUCCAGGCUCGGCGCGGCCAUCAACGCUCGCCUCGCUCAGGCCGGAUCAAAGUCAAAGGAGGCGGCUGCAGUGUCCGCCUCACAAUCGCAGCUGCGUCGAAAGACCAAUGCAGGGAAACCAGCAGCACGAGAAAGCUACCUGGCCGUACGAGCUUACUUUACACGCCUCGAGCAGUCUCACGAAAUUCCGCUCGCCCACAACAAGCCAGCGCCGUCACCGCGGGCGUACCCGUCUUCGCUGCAACGCACGAGCUCGAGCAUCACUCACCAAGCAAGAGCCUUCCAUGCAGCCAGGUCUGUAGCUAAGGAUCUCGAUCAAGGCUCCGCACCAGGCCAGUCAAAAGCCACAGCCCGCCCGGAAUCACCGGCGCCUUCGAGCAAGACGCCGUCCAAAGACGCGGACUCGCCUCGCUCCACAGAGCAGCCUCAAGAUCCUCCGCCCCCAGACGCACCUACUCCUACAACCACAUCCACCGAGCUCACCACCGCAGAACGCGCGUACCACCACUUUGCCAACUAUCCGCGCUCGCUGCAACGUCUCGCUCUCAGCGCCGUGCGUACCUCGCCCGCUCGACCCGCCUCGAGCUCCGAACCGUCGUCUCACGAGCACCACCGCCUUCGUCCAUCCAAAGAGGAUCUGCUGCGCAUCGCACAGGGAUUCUGGACGCGCCUGCGCAUCCGCUUCAAGUGGUUCACCAUCCGCGGCUUCCGCCGCUUCAACGCCGACGACAUCAGCGCCUUCUUCACGCUCGGCGGCUUCACCACCGCCAUCUUCAUCAUCGUCGGCACCACCACCUUCUUCUCGCUCGUGUUUGCCGCGCUCAAUGCACUGAAUCUGCAGGAGUGGAUCGCACGCAAGAUCGCAGACUACCUCACCGCAGAGACGGGCGUCACCGUCGUCUUCGAGAGCGCCAUCGUGCCCAAGUGGAAGCAGAGCAAGAUCAGCUUCAAGAACGUCUUUAUCUCGCGCCGCGCACACGGCGAUGUAGACUCGCUCCUCGAGGAGAGGAGGCAAAAGGCGAACAAGCGCGGCGCAGAGGGCACCAACAAGGUCAAGAGGAGAACCGCCAUCACCGCGGGCGACGGCAUGGCGUGGGAGGGCACGCAUUACGAGGAGGUCGAGGAGGUCGCCCCGCCCAUGAGCGACGAGGCGAGGGGAGAGGACCUCGCAGAGGACGACACGGUCAACACCAACUACACCAUGUUUGACCUGCAGGUCGACUCGAUCGACGUCACGCUCAGCCUGCAGCGCUGGUUCGACGGCAAGGGGCUCGUGGAGGAUGCCGAGGUGCGCGGCGUGCGCGGCAUCGUCGAUCGCCGCAACGUCUUCUGGGACCCGGACAGGCCGUACGAUCCGGCGGCCGCACGCAGGGCGCCUCAGCACGGCGACUUUGAGCUCGAGUCGUUGGUGGUUGAGGACUUCCUCGUGACCGUGUAUCAGCCCAACGACUUCCGGCCGUUCAACUUUAGCAUCUUCAGCGCACACAUCCCCAAGCUGCGCAAGCAGUGGCUCUUCUACGACCUGCUCAGCGCUGAUUCGAUCACGGGCCAGGUGGACGGGUGUCUCUUCAGCCUGCACAAGCCGCAGAGCAUCAGCCGCACCGUCGAGCAGGACCGCGAGAUGAUCCACUCCAAGUGGAAGACCAUGUCGCGCAUGCGCGUCGACGGCGUCAACUUUGACCACAUCCAGAACCAGUCGGAUCUCACCGGCCCCAUCUCGUGGAUCCUGUCGGGCAAGUUUGACGUGGUGGCGGACAUCAAGUUUCCGCGCGAUCUCGACGACGAGGCGGACAUCAACACGAUCAUCAGCGAGGUGCUCGACAACCUCACCGCGGCGCUGUCGGGCGAGCCCAAUCGCGACCAGGACGACGCGCCCAUCCCGGGCCAGCACCGGCUGAGUGGGCCUGCGAUUGAGGCACCCGUCUCGGCCGUGGGUGCUACGGCCCAACGCGUGCGCAAAGAGAACGAGGAGGCGCGCCGUCAUGGCCGCGAUCCCGUGCGUGCCGAGCGCCCGCCGCUGCCCGACGCAGAAGGCAGUACGGCGGACCAGGCCAAGGCGGCCAACAAGGCGAUUCCACCCCCGGCGGUGGUGAUCGACAUGGACGUACGCUUCAAAGACAUCAAGGCGGCCGUACCGCUGUUCACCACGGACAUCAGCUACAGCACCAACGCCUUCGUGCGGCCCAUCGUGGCGUUUAUGAACGCCAACAAGACGCUCAUCCCCAUCCGGUGCAGGAUCGUCAUGGACCUCAGCGAGUUCGAUGGGUCCCUAGAUCUGGCCCAGACAGGACUGCUGCCGGUCGUGUCCGAGAAGAUCUACGAGGCGCUGGCCAACCACGUCGCCUCGCAGAACGCCUCGAGCAAGAGGCUCAAGAAUGUGAGUCUCUGGUCGCUCCAGGUGAGCGCGAAUGCGGCGCUCAACCUCGUGACGCUGCUGCGGGACACGAUGGCAAGAACCACCGGCACUGCAGCUGCCAUCACUACCAAGGGCGCCAGUUGA